CGAAUUGAUAGGGCGUUUAUUUGUACUGAUUUUGAUUGUCUCUUGGGCAACUGCAGGCUUUCUGCUUUAGAGCGCGUUGAGUCAGAUCAUUGUCCGAUUAUGAUUGAAUGGGGGUUCGAGGAGAGGUUACAUCGGUACUGGAAGUUUGAGAACAUGUGGUUUCUUGAUGAGAGCUUUAUUGCUAACACUAGUGAGUGGUGGAAUUGUCAACCCAGAGGUGUUGGAGAUUUGUUUCUCUUUGGGCAAAGGCUGAGGAUGUUAAAAGAGAAAAUCCGCAAGUGGAACAAAGAGGAGUUUCGAAAAGUUGAUGUUAGAAUUGCUGAGAUCUUGGCUGAAAUUAAGAUGUUGGACGGGAAAGAAGAAGAUGGACCUAUCUCUGUGGAAGACAGGAGCAGGCGGGAUACUCUCAAGUAUGAUCUUGAUAAGGUUUUGCUUAUGGAGGAAGUGGCUUGGAGACAAAAAUCUCGGGAAAAUUGGCUUAAGGUGGGCGAUAUGAAUUCAAGGUAUUUUCAUGGAGUGGUCAAUCACAACAGAAGAAGGAAUUUCAUCAGCUCUCUCAAGUUUAAUGGGACGCCUGUUGAAGGGCAAUCUGCGCUCAAAGCGGCUUUUGUUGAGCACUACUCUGCCGUGUUCAAGGAGGAGAAGAAAGUCAGGCCUUUCCCUGCAAGCUACGGAGGGGUGACCAUCUCGGAUUGUGAAAGGAAUUCCCUCGUUCGACAAUUCUCUGAAGAAGAGAUCUGGAUGGCAGUUAGAAAGUGCAGGGGAGAUAAAGCUCCUGGACCCGAUGGCUUCUCUCUGGAGUUCUUCAAAAAAUGUUGGGAUGUGAUCAAAUCUGAUAUGUUGAAAGCCUUUGAGGACUUCUUCAUCAAAGGGGAGCUGCCGAUCUGCAUUGCUCACUCCUUUCUGUGCCUUAUUCCGAAGAAAGAGAGUGUUAUCGAGGUGAAAGACCUUAGACCCAUCAGUCUGAUUGGUAGUGUCAACAAAAUCAUUUCAAAGGUUCUUACGGAGAGAUUGAAACCGAUCAUGAGCAAGUUAAUUUCUGGAAACCAGUUCUCCGGCAUUCGUGGAAGACAAAUUCAUGAGGCUUCAUUGAUCGCUAAUGAACUGGUUGAUAGCAGGAGGAAAAGCGGGAAACCAGGGCUCAUCUUCAAACUCGACAUCGAAAAGGCUUUCGACAACGUGAACUGGGAAUGCCUUGUUAAGAUUAUGGCAAGCUUUGGGUUCCCUCCGGCCUUCCAAAGGUGGAUUCACGGCCUUGUCUCUUCGGCUCACCUCUCGGUCCUGGUUAAUGGGGAAGCUGCUGGGUUCUUCAAAAUUGGCAAAGGUCUUCGUCAGGGAGAUCCGAUGUCCCCUUUCCUGUUCAAUCUUGUUAUGGAUGUCUUAUCUAUGAUGCUUGAGCGGCUUCGUGUGGCGGGAUUAAUCACGGGUUUUUGUAUGGAUGAGGGCAAUAGGAGGGGUGAAGUGACCCAUCUUCUCUACGCAAAUGACACUAUUAUUUUCUGCGACGCCGAUGAAGAUCAGGUGAUGAACAUUUUAGCAACUAUUAUCUGCUUUCAGACUGUUACCGGGCUCAGAAUCAAUGUGGAAAAAAGCAAGAUGCAUCCGAUUGGUAGCGUGGACAACCCAGAUAGAUUGGCUGCCAUGUUCGGAUGUGGUUGGAGUUAUCUGCCUACAGUGUACUUGGGGCUCCCCUUGGGAGCCAGCCCAAAUUCAGUUUCGGUUUGGAACCCGGUUUUAACAAGGUUUCAGUCCAGAUUGGAAGGUUGGAGAGGAAAAUUUCUCUCCCUCGGUGGAAGGCUUACGCUUGCUAGCAGCGUGCUAUCUAGUCAGCCCCUUUUCCUCGGAUCUAUAUGCAAAGCACCUAAGUCGGUGAUCGGGAAGAUGGAGAAAUCUCUUCGGAGGUUCAUUUGGUCUGGCGUUCAGGAUAAAGGAAGAUACCAUCUUGUUAACUGGCAGUUGUGCAAGGCCUUAAAAAAAGAAGGAGGGCUGGGUAUUCUUGACAUGGCUAGCAUGAAUUCGGCACUUCUCUCUAAAUGGCUCUGGAAGUUCGCCACGGAAAAGGAAGCGUGGUGGAGGAAGAUGAUCAGUAUAAAAUUCCCUAACCCUUCUUCUUUGUGGAAGGCUGGACAGAUUGAUGGGAGGAUUGGAUGCUCGCUGUGGAAGUCUAUUGCUAAGGAAGAGUCUUGCUUCUGGAAGUUUGCUGUUGUUGAUCCGGGUGGUGGUGCUUGGGUGUCUUUCUGGCAGGACCGGUGGAACCAUGGUAUGACCCUCGGUGAAUCCUUUCCAAGAGUCGCUGCCGCUUCUGCUCUUCCACAAGGCUGGGUUUCUGAGUUCGUAUCCUUUUCUUCUGAGAGGGGGGUGAGCUGGAAUUUGCCUCUUAUUUUAUCAUUGAGAGGGGGGCUGAAAGAGAGAGGUGUGAUUUAUUGGAUUUCUUGUCAAACCUUCCUCCUGGUUCGGUUUCAUGUGGUCCUUGCAGGAUUAUGUGGUCGCCGUGUCCAAGAGCUGGCUUCUCUGUACGCUCAAUGUACCAAUGCCUGUGUCGCGAGAAGUUUCCGGGAGUGGCGAAUUUCCCGUUCAAGUCAGUAUGGAGAUCGAAGGUUCCUUCGAAAGUUAAUGGAUUUGCUUGGCUGCUCUUUCAUAAUCGCACUCUUACCCAUGACAAUUUAAAGAAGCGAGGAUGGAAUAUUGUGAGCAGGUGCGUGUUGUGCGAAGCGAACAUUGAGACUGCGUCCCACCUGUUCAGAAGCUGUGAGUAUAGCACUAGAAUUUGGGACAGAUUUAUGACAGUUCUGUCAGUUGGAGGCCCAUUCCCGAUCGAUAUCCAACAGUUGUUUGGAUGCUGGUGCCGAGAGGAUCCUGGUGAUUGGCUGGAUUGGUUCCGGUAUCUUUUCCUUCAUGGCUUCGUUUGGGAGGUGUGGAAGGAACGAAAUGAGAGAUCCUUUAAAGAUACAAGUAAGACGUGGCAGGUCAUUUUCCAUAAAAUUGGACGAACACUACUUCAUUGGAUCUCUGCUGCGGGACAGAUCAAUGAUCGAAAUGCCAAGGAUUGGCUGAGAUUGCUUGCACAGGCGUGCCCUCCUCCACGAAACAUUAGCAUUUAGAUGCCUCUGGGUUUUGGUUUGUUUGGGUUUCAUCUGCUGUCCUUGGUUCGUUAGCUCCUGCAGGAGUCUUGUGUAUUCUCUUGGUCUUCUUUUCCUCCCCUCUAUUUCUGUUGUUUCUGCUGUUCUUGCUUUUUUUUGGGUCCCGGUUUGUGUGUCCCUCCCCUUCCUCUUUUUGCUUCCUGAACUUGUAUACACCCCUGGUGUAUUUCCUUGGUAAUGCAUCUUCACCAUUAUCAAAAAAGAAAGAAUUCGGUGCAUGGGUAGAUUGUGAAAUCCAUGUUGAGAAUAACUCGAUGAUUUCAGGGGUUUGCUUAUGCAUAUGGGAAUGUUAGUGGCCUUGUUGUUUAGUUGUUUUCAUUAGCUGUUGGUUUCUCAGUCAUUGAUGUAUGGUAUUUAACAGAUCUCCACCUCAGAAAAGGCUUCACCGAAUCUUCCAAAUGGACACUCCACUCCACUCUCGUCUACGAAAUCUAGGCCCCAUGGGAUGUCAAUUAAUGACUCUGAUUUUGCUAGGCAUACCAUGAGCAUGCGGGCACCAGGCUCAACUUCUGCUUCCGACCAAGUUUCCCCUGCCCCAACAACCUAUCCUAGUAACGGAUACGGUUCACAUUGCAAUGGUUAUGAUAACAAUCGGAGAGUAUAUUGGUCCCCACAUGACCCCCUUAGCCGUUUUAGGUUUGGACGAUGAGUAACCUAGAAAAAACUUCAGCUUGCCUGCUGUCUAGAAAUAGAGGCGGUUUUUUCUAGGACGCUGAAUUCUCUGUUGUAGUGUUGAUGCUUGUAGAGCAAGUGGCUAAUAGGUGAGCAUAAGUAGUGUCUCAAGCUGUGAAUAUGUUAACGGCUAGGAGAAAGGUGUUGUGCUUAACUCUUAGCCAUCUUGUAUAAUAUUGGUAGGUAUCCAUUCGGCCACAGAAAUGCUGUUUGUGAUUCUCCAGUUUAGUGAAUCCUGUUAUAGUUAGUGGACUGAGACUCAAU